CCCGCCUGCACCGGUGAUCAGCGGACAUUCCGUGCUUUCUUCCUGAUGCUUCUUUCGUGUUUCUCGUGUUGAAGUUUUGUGUAGAUGUAACGUCGUGUGUGUCGGGUGUAGUAACAGCGUGAGUGCCAGGAUCGUAUGCAUAUCAUAUCUCAUUCGUGAAGCGUCGUAACGCUCGUAACGCUCGUAACGCUUGUCGUUCGCGUCUCGUUGCUGUCUCGUGUUCCUGCAACGUUACUCGAUUCUUUACUUGCCUCGCGAUUUUCAUUGCUUCUGAUCGGCAUGAUCGUACCACAUUUCGUUGGAGCUCGUGUGCGAUGUUACCCGCGCAUUAUCGUGAGUGCCGAAUAAAAUAUCGGCCGUGUUGCGUGUUGCGUGUCAGCAAUGACUGCGACUUACCGGUCAAGAGGUUAUUUUACGCCGCGCGCGAUUCCCUGGUGCCCGAGAUUCGUCGUUUGCCGGGACGGUAACUUCCCCGACGACGUCGCGAGUGUGGUAUCGUAAGUGAACAAUAUAUCGUGCGGUCGUCAAUGUGCGAUUUGAGAGUGACAAAAAGAGACAUCGUCAGCGAAGGCUACGAAGGACGGCCUCCGUGGAGCAAUUCGGUCAACGUUAAAAACUCCACUGCUGGGUAUUGUGUGUCACAUAUUUGCAAAGUCACGCGUCAAGCGAAGGAAAGGAGAUGAAUCUCAAAGAUAUCGUUUUUACAAAUCAUCAUUUUCCGCUGUUUUCGCCGCCUGUAAAUUGACACGAGUUGAACAGCGAUCGUCAGUACUAACUUUAGUCACACUUUCACAAGCAGUGUACAAGUGCAUUUACGAGCUGAUACGCAGCAUAUCGCGAACACGAUUCACGUUCAAGACCGUAUUGUUCUUUCAAUAUAGAUCAUUCGUGAUCUAUUGGUAAUUGUUAGAUAAUGGGACUUUUCGAAAUUCUAUGCGGAACUGCCGUACUAUUUCUCGCUUUUUAUUAUUUUUUCACAUCGUCUUUCGACUUUUGGAAAUCACGUGGUGUCCGUGGUCCAAAACCUAUACCGGGAUUUGGCAAUUUCAAAGAUGUUUUAUUAGUAAAGAUAUCUGCGGGUGAAUAUGUCAAGAAAGUAUAUAACGAUUACAAAGACGAAUCAUUGAUUGGGAUAUUCGCUAGAACGAAACCCAUUCUUAUCGUAAAAGAUCUAAAUUUAAUUAAGGACGUCCUUAUCAAAGAUUUUUCCACAUUCGCUGAUAGAGGAGUCCAUACUUUCGAAAAGGCUGAACCACUAUCACAACAUCUUUUCUCUUUGGAGUCGAAGAGAUGGCGCCCGUUAAGGAUGAGGCUGUCACCCGUUUUUACAUCCGGUAAAAUAAAAGAAAUGUUAUCCUUAAUAUCGGAAUGUGCCGACCACAUGGUCGAAUACAUGGAAAAAAUAGUGGGCAAAGACGAACCGGUAGAAUGCUGCGAAUUAACGGCAAAGUAUACGACCGAUGUUAUUGGUAGCUGCGCUUUCGGCAUAAAUAUGAAUGCACUGUCAAACGAGGACAGUGAAUUUCGUAAAAUGGGAAGGAAAGUGUUUCAUCCAGACUGGAUGCAUUUCUUACGAAUAAGAUUCAGGGAAUUUUAUCCGCAACUUUACAAUAUGCUCGGUUGCAUCCUACCACAAAUGGAGACUCAUACAUUUUUCACGCGUGUUAUCACGGAGACCAUAAAUUACAGAGAAACAAAUAAUAUCAUUAGGAAUGAUUUCGUUGAUAUGUUGCGUGAAUUAAAGAAGAAUCCAGAUAAAUUAGGUGACAUUAAUUUAACAGAUAGUUUACUAGCUUCUCAAGCGUUCGUAUUUUUUCUCGCUGGUUUUGAAACUUCGUCGACGACUAUGAGCCACGCACUGUAUGAAUUAGCAUUAAAUCAGAAGAUACAAGAUAAGCUCCGUGAAGAAAUUGAUAUGGUUUAUACAAAAUAUGGAAAAGAUUUAAUACUUGACAAUAUAAAAGAAAUGAAAUAUUUGGAUAAAGUUUUCAAAGAAACUUUACGAAAAUAUUCGCCAGGGACACUUCUUCAGAGAGAAUCUACGUCGAGUUAUACUUUUCGUGGUACCAAUGUUAGUAUACCGAAAAAUCAAAAGAUAUUUAUUCCCGUUUACGCAAUUCAUCAAGAUCCGAGUAUUUAUCCAGAGCCCGAUGUCUACGAUCCAGAAAGAUUUACCGAUGAAGCUGUACAAAAAAGGCACUCGAUGGCUUUCUUACCUUUUGGUGAUGGACCAAGAAAUUGUAUUGGUGCUCGCUUCGCCAUUUAUCAGAGUAAAAUUGGACUUAUAAAAAUAUUACGAAACUACAAAGUCGAGACUUGCGAGCAAACUCUAAUACCUUACGUAAGCAAUCCUAAAGCGUUCGUAUUUUCACCAAAAGGUGGAAAAAUACAAUUGAAAAUGACUAAAAUUAUUCGAGCUUAGUGAAGCUCUUUUUUCUUUUUAAAUAUGUGCAUAAAGAUGGUGGAGGGAAUCUCUGUAAAGAUAAAAUAAUAAGGGACCUAAUUUUGCCUACAAUAUAAUAUUAAUAGAUAAUAACUUAAUUCUCAUCGCGAGCCCCAGUGAGAAAUGAUAAUCGAUUCGAUAUCAAAUUGACAUCAAUUUGAUGUCGAAAUCAUCAAACUGUUAUUGUUAAUAUCUAACUGUUUCUAUUUUGAUGUCUGUAAGUCAUUUCUCACUGGGCCAUUAAUCGAAUGGAAAUUAAGUUUAAAGGAUUUUUCUCUAUUUUUUCACGUUAAUUUUUUUAAGAGGCUUUUUUGAUUUUUCUUUUAGAAAAGUAAAUAAAUAUUUUUCAAAAUUACUUUUUGUUCUUUAUUUAUUAUAUUGUUUAAAGAUUGAUUCCUUAUUUCUUUUUUAUAAAAAAUAUGAAUAAUAAUAAAAGUUUAUUUGAUUUUUCUAUGAUUUAUCUGCGAUUAAGUCUGUUUUUAUAUAGCUAAACUAUUGUACACUUUUUGUACUUAAAGUGAAAUAGAUAAAUGUUAGAAACUGAGCGAAAGGUAGAAAAUCUAAUGCAGUCCAGUGCGGUCCAGUGCAACAAUAAAAAAAUAAAAACAAUCUUAUAAUAAUUCCGGAUCUCUUAGUGAACUGAAAUUAAAAAAUGAGACGAAAUUUAGGCUGAUAAAAUUGUCUCAUGUAAAGUAUGUAUUGUAACAGACAGGAACCUGAGAGCAGCCAUACUGGCUUUUUUCUUUUAACGUUUAAAUUUCCGGCUCACUAACAACUCACAUCUAUUUUGGCGGGAAUAUGAAGUGAAAUUACAUUCAUUUUGCGAUACUGCCGAUAAAAAUUGUUCAAGUCUGUGCUAAAAUCAUGUAAUGGAGGUAGGCCGGUAUAAAAUCUUGAAAAAAUUUAAUCUUAAA